AUGGCUAUAGAUGAUAUUGCGGAAGAAUACUUCACAUACGAAAAUAGACUUGCAUCUUUUCAGGUCGCGCAUCCAAUGCCAAAGCGCAGAGCUUCGAACGCGAGCUCAAAAUCGGCGCGGUCCAUAAAAUGGCCGCACAAGACUUUGCGUCCAGAGAUGCUUGCGAAAGCAGGCUUCUUCUACCAUCCUAGCCCAGACAAGCCCGACAAUACCGCGUGUUUCCUCUGCCACCGAGGCCUUGAUGGCUGGGACGAGGAUGACGAUCCGCUUGUGGAACACUUGAAGCACUCGCCGGAUUGCGCAUGGGCGCUUGUGGAGGCUGUGGAAAUGCAAAUUGAGGAAGUCGCCCAGGAGUAUCCAGCUAGUAAGAGGUUGCUUGAUGCGCGAAAGGCUACGUUUGGCAACCAAUGGCCCCAUGAGACGAAGAAAGGCUGGAAGUGCAAGACCAAGCAGAUGGCAGAUGCUGGUUGGCGAUAUACACCUACCAACGAGUCUGAUGACAUGGCAACAUGUAAUUAUUGUCAAUUAGCUCUUGACGGGUGGGAAAACUGUGACAAGCCACUCGAUGAGCACUACAAGAGAUCCACGGAUUGUCCUUUCUUCAUUCUCAUCGAUGAACAUAGUAAAGCACCGCCACCGAAGAAAUCGAAAGCAAAACGGGGCUCAAAAGCCUCCCGACUAUCUACACAAUCCCAGUUCACAGCUACCUCAGAAGCCCCGUCACUUUUAGACCUGCCCGCGGAAGAAGAUGACAGCAUAUUGACCACAGCUACGAAUGCUACCAGUAAAAGGAUGGCCAAAUCAAAAAAGGGCACCGGCGAAGGGGAGAACUACGAGGGCGAAGAAGGAGGAGCCUGUUGA